CUCCUGUCAAAGCUGAGCGUCUGCACGAUCCCUGCCUACAAGUCCUGUCCACGGCUUCGACCAGCAACCAUUCGUAUACCUCUUUGAAGCUUGCUCAGCACUUAUUCUAUCAAGAACGCGGCGCGCGGUGUCUACACACACUCGUACAAUGGCGGACGUGCGGGCAAUGCUUCGCGCAGAGAGAGCUGCCCGAGCUGCUCCUCUCUCCAAAGCUCGAACUCAGACCGCCGCUCAGGCGCAGGCCUCUUCGGUGCCAGCGGCGGCCCAAAGCAAGAAGAGAAAGGCUGACGAAGAUGACGAGGACGAUGCCAGCAGCGAUGCGCGAAAGCGUGCGCGGUCUCAGGACGUCAACAAGAACGUUGCAGCCGGAUUCUUCGACGGACAGAACGGCGCCUCCGGGGAUGAUGACGAGAACGAAGAUCAGAAGGCUCCCAUUCCAGGAUUUGUACCAGCGCGAGAGAGUGAUCCGAGUGCAGUUUCUGCGAAGGCGACCGAGCGUGCAGAGGCGACGAAGGCCGACGCCAAGUCUGCGACGCAGCAGGACGCAGCGUCACAAGCGCCAGCGGACGCGGUCGACGAAGCAGAAUGGGCUGCCUUCCAAGAGUUCGCCAGCUCCGUGCCGACCAAAUCCGCGCUGGAUGCCCUGAACACGAACGCGACGCUCUCUGCAGCUCCCAUAACGGCUGCGGAGGCCGCAGCAGCAGCGCAGGCCGAGACACAGCAACGCAGCAAGCGUGAGGUGGAGAUCGAGGACGAGAAGGAAGAAGCCGCAGAAAGGCUUGAGGAGGAGUUCGAGGUGAUGGAGGACCUGGAAGGCAGGAUUCGAAGGCUGAAAGAGAAGCGGGAAACGCUACGGCGGGCGUCCAAGGCGUCUGCCGACGCAGACAAGCCAAUCGUUGCCGCCACCGCAGCAGCUGUGAAACCAGAGACUGUGCUGGAAGCGGAGGACGAGGAAGGAAGCGGCUCUGACUCCGAAGAUGCAGAUGAGUUCGACGGAUGGCACUUCGGAGCAUCGUGAAGAUGCAUCACUCGUGAAACUUCAUUUACGUUACGUCGCGCUCGAACUAGCAACAAUAGUUCAGGACGCUUUGACGGCUUCAACCGCCUCUCCAAAGUCGGGGACAACAUCCGCCCUUCUUGCCACCGAUCCCCACCUAACAAGACCCUUUCCAUCCACAGCCCACGAGCCAGCCGUCUGCCACCGACUGCCGCUCUCUGUUGGACGAUUCCAUAUCCCCCUCUCCUUGCCGAUCUUAUAGACUGCAUACAAUCCUGCCGGGCUGAGAACGUGGGCGAAGGAGGAAGUGCCCAGGCCCCAGGCGGCGUAGGUCUUGCGCUCGGGGUCAACGAUUACGUCCACCGCAUUCGAGGACGACGGGGACGCAGUGCCUCCAACGUCCUUAAGCCACUUGUCCGUGGAGGCCUGGUCGCUGUGGGACACGGCCACGAAGCGGACCGUCGGAUUCUUGGACGCUGCUUCGCGCAAGUCUAGAAAGGUGGCUUCGGCAACUGACCUAGACAUGAGUCACCCAUCUCUGCGCGGCGCGCAAGCAAUAGAGAGAAAGCAAGAAGGGGGAACAAAAAAACGGGGCAUGUUCACGCACAGGGACAACCGCAAUGCCUGAGAAAGGUCACGACCACGGGCCUGCCAUCCACCGCAGGGAUCGGUAAUGCAGGCGUGGACGGCGCCUUAGAACCUAUCGUCGGUGGCGUCGCGACGGGUAUUUUGGGAGGAGCUCGCCAAGAUGCGAGCUCUUGCGCGAACGUCAUUCUUUUCGUCCUCCUACUGGUACGUGGCUGCAUAUGUGGGCUGGCGUCAGCUGCGCAUGCACGCAUCAAAGCUUUUGUUUGACUGAGAGAUGGCGUCCUUUGGAGCGGACGGUGUGGAUGCUCAUGCAAAGAGCCUCGAUCACCUCGACACCGCAGGCCAUGCGGCUUCUCCUUCGGCGCGUGCCAGUUCGUUUUGGGUCAUACCUCCGGCCUCGAGAUGCGCGAUCAAUGGCUUCGCUGUGCGCUCCACGCUUGCGCGUCUGUUGUGCAGCGCGCUCUGCGCAGCGAGUCGCAGCGCCAUGCGAGGAGGAACGGGGAGAGAAGCUUCGUCGUGGCGUAAUCACUCACCUGCAAAUCGUAUAGCUUGAGGCUUUCUUCCUCCUCCCCGCCUUCGAUCGUGUUUGAUCGGCUCUGCAGUCCAAAUCAAGCAAAAACCAAACAAAACGCCGAACGGUUCUCUUAGAAUUCGAGAAACGAGAAAAACAAAUUCUUGCCCCCCGUUCGCCUGAAUCAGAAGACUUUUGUCGUCCGUUGUCGUCCUGUCGGUGCGUUCGCCGUUGCACACACCUUUUCCCCAGAUUCGGUUCGGUUCAAACUUCCAAAGAAGCCACGGCAUCGACCAGUACGCUGCGGCGGCGUGAGAUGGGGGGGGAAAAUCCUACAAUACGAACAUCCACAUGCAUAUAUAUAGAUUUAUAUAUACAUACAAUAUGUGAACAAACACCCCUGUUGCAUUCUGCACC